AUGGCCCCACAGAUCGACACAGCUGCUGACACGACGCAGGUGGAGGUGGUGGAGGGAUACAACGCGUCUCUUCCCUGUUCUAUCCACUCUCCUACACACGACACUCCCGUCCUCACGCUGUGGUAUAUUGGCACUGACGAAACCCCCGUAUACAGCUACGACCAGCGACCCAACGAGCGCGGCGGGACGGAGUGGUCGGACGCGCUGGUGUUCGGCUCGCGGGUCAAGUACCUCCCGUUCGAGCGGCCGCCCGUCCUCCUCCUCACCAACGUCUCGACGAUGGACGCGCGACUCUACCGCUGCAGGGUGGACUUCCACAAGUCCAACUCGCGCCAGGCGUGGAUCAGGCUCUCGGUCACAGUUCCCCCUUCCAAGAUUGAGGUGAUCCCACGCAUAUCACCCGUCGAGCUCGGCCAGAGAGAUGACGUGAGGAUUGUAAUGCUCGCUCUCCCUCCAACCUUACUCGAAAAUGUAUCACCUGCGUCAUAUAAGCUUGAUAGUGUGCCUCACGCUGUAUUGCACACUGCUAUUGCAUCACACUCGCUGGUGCUGAACCGCAGAACCUCGGGACGUGCCUGCAGGGAUAUCAUUGACACGUUUUCCUGCAUUCCUCUGUGCUCUGAUCUUCCUUUGUUGUGCCUGGACCGUGAUGGCGUUCCCGGUGACUACACAGAAGAAACUCCAACCACGCCAGCCAAUGAUCUCUAG